AUGACCAAUCUGUCAAAGAAGAUGAAACGAGGUGGUCAAAGUUUGAGAAAUGAAGACAGAAUCAGCAAUUUGCCGGACGCAUUGCUUGUGCAAAUAUUGUCUUCCCUCCCAACAAAAGCUGUGAUAUCCACUGGUGUUUUGUCUAAACGAUGGCGCUCUCUCUGGAAGACGAUGCCUAACCUUGCAUUUACUUACAAUGCAACGAAUGAUCUUGAGAGGUUUUCAAGCAACGUCUGCAGGUGUUUGCUUUCACAUCAGGCUCCGGUUCUUCAGAGUUUGCUUCUCAACAUUUAUUGUGAUGACGGAAUUAGUGUGGAUUGUGAUAUUGGAAUAUUGCUGGGAGUUGCGUUUGGCCUGCAUGUGCGUGAAUUGGAACUCCAAGUUCGCCCUCGGGAAUUAUACUCUAGGAGGUUGUUCAGAUAUCCUACAAGCUUGUAUAACUGUGGAACACUAGAGACCUUGAAACUCAGUCAUCAUGUUCUGAUAGAUAUCCCAUUUCCGGUUUUUUUAAAGUCUCUUAGAACUCUACGACUUAGUGGGGUGAGAUACAAAGACGAUGAUUCAGUUGUCAACCUUUUAUCUGGUUGUUCUCGUCUCCAAAAUCUGGAGGUUGUCCAAUGUAGACAAUCGGAUGUGAAGACCUUCGCUAUUGAUGUCCCGUCCUUGCAGAGACUAAUAAUUAGGAACACUCGUGAAGUGGUCUAUGUGAUAAAGGCUCCUUCGUUGAAAUACUUGGAGGUUGUAGGGCGUAUUGCCUUUGGUUCUAUUCUGAUUGGGAAUACACCUGAGCUGGAGGAGGCAGUUAUUGCCAUCUCUGGGAUAAUCAGUGACUACAUUAUGAGAUCCCUCACUCCAGCCAAACGCCUUUUCUUGAGCUCAUCCGAUCCGAUUACUUAUCCUACUGAUAGCAUCUUCUAUCGGCUCGUAGAUUUUGAGCUACAAACAUGCAACGCCGAGUGGGGGAAUCUACUUAUGCUCAUGCUCGAUGCUUCUCCUAAAUUACAAGCUCUCAAGCUCACCGGUUUUCCGCCAUGCUCUAAGGAAAAAGAUGAUGUGGCCUGUGAGAAAUGGAAUCAACCGAAGAAUGUCCCUGAAUGUUUGUUGCUCCACCUCCAGACAUUAGUGUGGGAAUCUUACAAAGGCCAACGGGAAGAGGAGAAAGAGGUGGCCAAAUACAUCCUCAGGAACGCGAAUCAUUUGAAAAAGGCAACUUUUAUAAGACUUUUUGCAAGUGUUGGAGAGUUAGAAAGUAUGCUCAAGGCUUCGAAUUCGUGCCAGCUUGUGUUCAAAUGA